AUGGAGCUCGAAAAUGGGGAAAGUGUUGGUGAGAAUGAUGGUGACAGAAUUUGUUGGAAGAAGAAAUCAAAAUUAUUUGAUCUCGAGUAUUGGAAAUACCUUCCUGUGAGUCAUGUCCUAGAUGUUGUGUACAAUGAGAAGAAUGUUUGUGAUUGUAUCAUUGAUACAUUGCUGGAGAUCCCUGGAAAAAAUAAAGAUGAGAUUGCUGCUCGGUUAGAUUUAUUGAACAUAGGGGUCAAAACUGAUUUGCAACCUGAGUAUGGAGAAAGACAUACCUACUUGCCUCCAGGGCCUUGGAAUUUGUCAAGAGCAUAG